GCCGAGCGCUCUUCGCCCAGCCAAGGCGGUGCAGGAGGCAGAGGCAGAGGCGGCGGAGGCAGAGGCGGAGGCAGCAGAAGGGGCUUCGUUCCUUCUCUUCUUGGCUCCUUCUCUCCUCCUCCUCCUCCUCCUCCUCCUUCCAGGGAAGGGCCGGGGUCUCCUCCCUCCUCGGGGGGCCAUGGAGCCUCCGCGGCCCUUCAACGACUCGCUCUGCCGGAGCCCCGACGCAUCUGCCUCCUCCUCCUCCUCCUCUGCAUGGAACGGGACCGGAGCAGCAGCAGCACCAGGAGGGGCGCUGGGGGGCUGCGACCCCUCCCGGAGGGGCCCCCGAGGACUCCGAGACCUGGACGUGUCGGUGCGGGUGCUGCUCUACGCGGCCAUCUUCCUGCUGAGCCUGGUGGGCAACGCGCUGAUCGUGGUGGUGCUGGUGCUCAACCGGCGCAUGCGCACGGUCACCAACUCCUUCCUGCUCUCGCUGGCCCUCAGCGACCUCAUGGUGGCCCUCUUCUGCAUGCCCUUCACCUUCAUCCCCAACAUCAUGCACACCUUCGUCUUCGGGAAGGUCAUCUGCAAGGCCGUGGCCUACCUCAUGGGGAUGUCGGUGAGCGUCUCCACCUUCAGCCUGGUGGCCAUCGCCAUUGAGCGCUACAACGCCAUCUGCAACCCGCUGCAGUCCCGCGUCUGGCAGACCCGCUCCCACGCCUACCGGGUCAUCGCGGCCACCUGGCUGCUCUCGGCCCUCCUCAUGCUGCCGUACCCGGUCUACAGCUCCAUCUCCUCCCCACCUGGACACCCCGCCAUCUUCCAGUGCAGCCCACACUGGCCGGGCAGGCACGUCCGGCAGGCAUGGUACGUCCUGCUGCUGGUGACCCUCUUCUUGGUCCCGGGGCUGGUGAUGACGGUGGCUUACGGGCUCAUCUCCCGCGAACUCUACCGGGGCAUCCAGUUCGAGAUGGACCUCACGCGCAAGGCCACAGCCCACCAGAACGGAGGAACGGACCCCCAUGCGGCGGUGGAGGUGGAGGAAGGGGACGGCUGCUAUGUCCAGGGUCCUCUCCCAGGGACGGCGGGGGCCCCUCCGGUGGAGCUUUCUGUGCUGACCCCUGCGAUGCCGGACCGGGCACGGGUCAACAGCUCGGAGGCCAAGCUGCUGGCCAAGAAGCGCGUGAUCCGGAUGCUGGUGGUGAUCGUGGCGGUCUUCUUCGCCUGCUGGCUGCCGGUCUACGGGGCCAACACCUGGCGGGCCUUCGACGCGGAGUCGGCCCACCGGGCGCUGGCCGGGACCCCCAUCUCCUUCAUCCACCUGCUCUCCUACGCCUCCGCCAGCAUCAACCCCUUCGUCUACUGCUUCAUGAACAAGCGCUUCCGCAAGGCCUUCGCCGCCACCUUCGCCCGAUGCUGCUGCUGCUGCGGACCCCGCGGACCCUGCCCCUUCGUAUCCGCGGCCCUGCGGCGGAGGAGGCAGCAGCGCGGACCCUGCGAGGAAGAGCUCACCACCGCCAGCGGGCCCUCCCUCUCCAAGAUCAGCUACACCACCGUCAGCAGCGCCGGGCCCCUCUGAGGAGGACCCCCUUCAGCACCCUCAGGAAGAAAGACCCCCCCCAUUUGCCCCAGACUGACCCCCUUGAGGGCAUGCGUCAUGGGUUGGGGGGUGCAUGAAGGGGGGUUUUUCCCCCUCCCCAUGUUGUCGGUCCUCCUAAACAGCCCCCCUCCAUUUCUAGAUCAUUCCCUCAAAGGAAUGAUUAACUUCAUCCCAUAGACAUGUGAUUGUACUGAGCAUGUUCAGGCUCAGGACUCCCUUUUGUAUUCACUUUUGCAUCAGACCUGAGGCUGUUAGGAAUGGUGGGAGUUGGAGUCCACAGCACCCGGAGGGAGGGGCCAAGUUGGCCCUUGAGUCAUAGCUUUACCUGAAAGCCCCCCUCUUUCCCUGCAUUGCUUCUGCUUCUUCGUUUCUGCCAUUUCAGGGAGGGGGCUGCAUGGGGUGGGUUUCCUUUGUGUUUCUUUUGUGAUUGUGAAAUAAAGCCCACAACUGUUCUGAACCGCC